AUGUCCACGAAUGGUCCGUCGGUGGCCAUGAGAGGAAAUAAGAAAACUAUGCAGGGAUCAAGAAUGUUAACUUUGGAAAAAGGAUUAAACUAUGUGGUGGUGCAAUGUGGAGAAAUCGUAUUCAUAGGUACAUACUUCUCACCAAAUAAACCAUUGCACGAGUUCGAUGAAUAUACAAUCACGCUGAGUAGGAUAAUCAGGAAGUAUAGGGCCAAACCAGUGAUAGUAUGUGGAGAUCUGAACUCGAGACAUGCAAUGUGGGACUCGGGAAGGGGAAACCCAAGGGGGGAGAGACUCGCAGACUGGGCCGCGGUGGAAGACUUGUGUUUGUUAAACGAAGGGAGGGAAGUGACAAAUGUGAAUGUGAGAGGCUCCUCCUCGGUGGAUAUGACGUGGGCCACCCUCUCAGCCAGGAACAAGGUAACGAAGUAA